UGGGCUCAUUCGUUGGGACACCUUCGCCUGACGAACAUGUUCUCCUGUUGUGUGCCCGUGUCCCGCGGCUGCCGGCUCAGGGGAGUCCGAGGCCACGAUGCUUCCCGAUCCUGGAGACAGUGGAUCAGGUCGUGCACAGGACGCCUCAGGUCUCUAGCUCGCAGGGACCCAAAGAAAUCAACCGAUGAAAUUGGGCGGCGACUGUCCGAAUCCCGAUUCACCUGUCCUACAGAGUUGUGUGUGUGCCCCAUCGCCCAGGAAGGCCACCCUGGACCCGGGGAGAGAGUGGCCGCACGGAGGUCUCGGGAAGCAGGGCCUGGAGUUGGCCUGGGAAGACCUCUUUCACCGCCCUGGCCCCUCCACAGGGUCCUGGUUCACCGGUCCUGGGACGAGGACCCGGAGUCCCCGGAGUCCCCGGAGCCCCCGGAGCCCCCGGAGCCAGAGACCGAGGAGUCCGGGGCAGGAGCAGAAGCCGGUGCGGCUCCAGAGCCCGGCCCAACAGUAUCGGGGGCCUCGGGGGCUCCGCAGGCAGGGGUGGUGUCUGGAGCGACUCCUGCAGGGGCCGGAGAGCCAGCAGACUUGGGUCGUCAGAUUUGGGAGUCGAGAACACCCCUUGUGUCUUCCCUCACCUGUCCUUCCACCCAGAUCUUCCCAGGCCGACCCCGAGGCGGUCCUCGGGCUGGAUUCGUCUCCUGA